AUGGAUGACCAGGUCGAUUUCGACAUCAAUGAGGCCUUGAAGCUGUAUCUCAGCGAUGCAGCCACGAUACCUACUGCAGAAGCCAGCCCCGAACUUUUGGACUGCGAAAAUGACCCGGAUAGUCUCACGACAUCCCUUGUCGACAAUGCGUUGGACCCCGUAAUUGACUCAAUCGCCGAGAACCCAGAGGCAUUGGCAAGGAGUACAUCUUUUGAUACGAUACAGUUUCUACUGAAGCAAACCCAAGGCCUCUCCACCGAGUCACUCAGUAAGAUAUUACAUCUGGUAGUAUCCGGUCUGUCGAACACAGCCGAUGUUGCAAACCAUGAUAUCGAGAAUGAUGAACAGGAAACCCUUCCUCAACACAAGCGAUUGCUGGAAAUGUACGCCUUCCUCCUGCAAUGGUCCAUAUCCAGCGUCGAAGCGAAAGCCCUCGAGAAGUCUACAACAGCACCGGCAAGAAGAGGAGGUAAAGGUGCAAAAGCAAAAUCUGCAGCCAAAGAUGACAUAUGGGACUCUGCCAGUCAGAUACAGAACGCAAUGGAUGUCAUGUGCCGGGUCAUGAAGCUCAAGUUGAACCGGAUAUUCCAGACGACGUCUGAUAGAGACACAUUCAUCAAUCUGUUCACCAGGUCCAUAUACCUCAUUAUGGAAAGUGAAGCAAGAGUCAAGAUCACAGCCAUACGGAUGUUCUGUUUUAAGGUCCUCUGUGUCGCUGUGAAGCAUCAUGGACAUGCCAUUGGAGCGCAGACAUCGAUCGUCCAAAAUCUCACAUAUUUCGAGCAUCUUUCAGAACCGAUGGCCGAGUUUCUGCACAUUCUAUCGGAACAAUACGACUAUCACCAGCUCUCUGGCGAAAUAUUGAGAGAGUUGGCCGCGAAGGAAUUCAGCCAAAACGACACAAAAGGUCCGAAAUCUGUGUCGUCCUUCAUCAUCAAACUCUCUGAACUGGAGCCUCGCAUUGUGAUCAAAGAGAUGGGCCUUCUAGCCAAGUUCCUUGACAGCGAGUCCUACACAUUAAGAUGUGCAGUCAUCGAAGUUUGUGGAAACCUAUUGUCAGACUUGAGCAAACAGGAGGAAAAGAACGAAACCACCAAGAUCCAAAUCAACGCUUUCUUUGAUACUUUGGAGCAACGAUUUCUCGACACAGCCCCAUUCUGCAGAGUUAAGGCGAUUCAGGUCUUCACCAAAAUAUGUGACUUGGAGCAGAAGUUUCCUAAGAGGCGGCAACAUGCUUCUGAGCUGGCAAUGCAAAGUCUUCAAGAUAAGAGCAGUAACGUGCGCCGCAAUGCUAUCAAGUUGCUGAGGAAACUGGUUGCAUCGCAUCCUUUCAGUCUGAUGCAUGGAGGACAGCUUUCACGCAAAGAGUGGGUGGAAAGACUGGAGGCUGUCGAGGCUCAACUCGAGGCCUUGCAGCCUCCGCCUGAUGAAGCCGCAGUGGCACAGACAGCUGAUGGAGAAGAACAAGUUGAUGCAGAGUUACUGGAAGACGCUACACAAGCGCCUGAAUCUCAGAAUAUUGACGAGCCUCAGGAGAUGACCGAGGAAGAGAAGAUCGCGGCUGUCAAGAAGGCUCAAGAAGAGGCAGCAACAUCGGAAGCUCUGGGGAAACUUCAACUGACCCGCAAAUACUACAUCGAAGCAUUGAGGUUUAUUGAUGUGAUCCAUGAAGCCUCGGAAAUUGCUGUUCAGCUCCUGUCGUCGCCCAACAAGACUGAAGUAAUCGAUGUGAUGGAUUACUUCGUCACCAUUGACGCGUUCAAGGUCGAAACGGCUCGCAAAGGCAUCCGACGCAUGCUGCGCUUGAUCUGGACAAAAGGAAACAGUGAUGAAGGAAAGGGAGUUCAGACCCACCUCAUUGACAACUACAGAGGCCUUUUCUUCGACGCACCAGAGAUGUUCACCGCCAACGAUGCUGCAAACUUUGUCGCACGAAACAUGAUCAGCUUGACGUUUGGCGCCACACCAGCAGAACUGACCUCGCUUGAACAGCUCCUGGCGACGAUGUUCAAAUCCGGUCAUAUCUCCGAGUUGGUGGUGUCAAAGCUGUGGCAAGUCUACGGCGUCAAUAAGGAGAUCUCCAAGGCACAAAGAAGGGGCGCCAUCAUCGUGUUGGGCAUGAUAGCAGUGGCCAAUCCACAAGUCGUCAUCAAGGAAAUCGACACAAUGCUCCGUAUAGGUCUUGGACAACUUGGAAGGCAGGAUCUUGUGCUGGCCAAAUUUACCUGUGUUGCUCUUCGCCGCAUGAUCCCGGUCGCGAAGAAGGCACAGGACAAAACAGCAGCCGCAGUGGGACUGUCGAAGAUGCCCAACAAUCACGAAGUUUUGAGAAUGCUUGCCUCGAUCCUUUUGACAACAUCAGCAAGCAAAGACUGGUAUGGGAUGGCAGAACAGGCCAUCAGUGCAAUCUAUGUGCUCUCGGACCAUCCAGAUGUCUUGUCUUCUGAGGUUUUGAGACAGAAGACCAGACUCGUCUUCCAGCAAACAAAGAACCUGUCGUCACUUUCGAGAUCGCCAACACCAGAGCAGGAACGAGACGCGGAUGCAAUGGACGUUGAUGGCGAAGAACCUGCGCCGAACCCUGAAGUUGACGAAGAACAGCAACCGGAAUCGUCAGAAGAGAAACCUGAAAAGCCGUCGAUGGCUCUGUCGCAACUGUUGUUCUCGGUUGGCCACAUCGCAGUCAAGCAAAUUGUCCAUCUAGAACUGUGCGAGCUCGACUUCAAAAGACGGAAACAAGACCAAGAGAAGAAUAAGCCCACCGUUGACCCUUCGCCGGAUAAUUCAGGCCCCACACCUGCGCGAAGAAAGAAGACUGCAGCCGAGGAAGUGCUGGCUGAGAAGCAGAAAGAGGAAGAGAAAGACGAACUCGACCUCAUUGGUGGAACCACGGAAGACGACUUCACCGAAGCCAUUGCACACAUUCGGGAACGAGAGCUCCUCUACGGGCCAAAUUCCUUACUCGCAAACUUUGGCCCCUUGGUCACAGAGAUCUGUGCCAACAACACAGCGUACAAAGACCGCAAUCUCCAGGCUCAAGCAACGCUCUGCCUCGCAAAGCUUAUGUGCGUCAGCAGUGAGUACUGCGAGAAGAAUUUACCGCUUCUAAUCACGAUUCUCGAACGGUCAACCGACCCGAUUGUCCGGUCGAAUGCUGUGAUUGCACUCGGCGAUAUGGCCGUUUGCUUCAAUCAUCUCAUCGACGAGAAUACAGAUUUCCUGUACCGACGGCUGAAUGAUGGAGACGAAAGCGUCAAGCGGACGUGUUUGAUGACUCUGACCUUCCUUAUCUUGGCUGGACAGGUCAAAGUCAAAGGACAACUCGGCGAGAUGGCCAAGUGUCUUGAAGAUGGCGACAAGAAGAUUGCCGAUCUGGCGCGCAUGUUCUUUUCUGAGUUGGCCACCAAGGACAAUGCAGUGUACAACCAAUUUGUCGAUAUGUUCAGCGUGCUUACGCAGGAUGGUCCAUUUGACGGUGGCGUCAUGGAAGAAGAGGCUGUCAAGAGGAUAUUGAAGUUCUUGUGCGGAUUCAUCGAAAAGGACAAACACGCAAAGAAUCUGGCCGAAAAGCUCGCCGCUCGCUUGGGUCGGUGCGUUAACAAGCGGCAAUGGGAUGAUACUGCGUACGCGCUAUCCUUGCUGCAGCAUAAGAAUGAGGACAUUGCGAAGAGGGUGGCAGAAGGCUAUAGAGUCGUCGAGACUGAGGCUUGA